CCCAACUUCUCCUCUCAUUAUUUUUCUUUUCUUUUUGGCUCUCUUUGUAAAAACAGAGGUUUUGAACAUGUGCCAACAGGCGUCAUCCCUUGCUGCUGCUUCUUGUUGUUGCAAUUGUAAUUCAUCAACACAAAAAGUUACAGAUAUUUUGGACCCUUUAUUGAUCCCUUCAAAACCAUCCCAAAAAGCAGUUACCAUCACACCAACUGUUGUUGAUGAUGAUGAUGUUGUUGUUGUAUAUAAUAACAACCACAAUCAACAAUAUAGCAAACCAAAUAAGAACAAGAGUAAAACUCAUGUUACUUUAGCUAUCAAUGAAGCCAUUUCAAUAGCGAAAAUCGCAAUCCCAAUGAUCCUCACGGGGCUCUUGUUGUAUUCUCGGUCAAUGAUAUCGAUGCUUUUCUUAGGUCAUCUUGGUGAGCUGGCGCUCGCGGGCGGCUCAUUAGCUGUCGGGUUUGCGAACAUCACAGGAUACUCGGUCUUAUCCGGUUUAGCUAUGGGCAUGGAACCCAUUUGCGGUCAAGCUUUUGGUGCUAAAAGACAUACACUUCUUGGUCUUUGUUUACAAAGAACUAUUCUUUUAUUGCUAUUCGUUUCCUUACCCAUUGCCAUUUUAUGGCUCAACAUGAAAAGCAUCUUGCUACUUUGUGGCCAAGAUGAAGAUAUCGCGACACAAGCCCAAACUUAUCUUAUAUACUCGUUACCCGACCUUUUGGCCCAAUCUUUUUUACACCCAUUACGAAUUUACCUUCGUUCCCAAUCCGUAACUUUACCACUCACAUUUUGCGCAUCUCUUUCCAUCAUUCUUCACAUUCCCAUCAAUUAUUAUCUCGUAAAUAACCUCAACUUAGGAAUCAAAGGUAUCGCGAUUAGUAGCGUUUGGACAAAUUUUAACUUGGUAGCCUCAUUGGUGAUAUACAUACUAAUUUCGGGCGUUUACAAGAAAACAUGGGGAGGUAUUUCGAGAGAAUGUCUAAAAGGCUGGAAAUCGUUGCUGAAUUUAGCACUUCCGAGUUGCAUAUCGGUUUGUCUGGAAUGGUGGUGGUACGAAAUCAUGAUUUUGUUAUGCGGGUUAUUAGUAAACCCGAGAGCCACCGUGGCAUCAAUGGGGAUAUUAAUUCAAACAACCGCGUUAAUCUACAUUUUCCCGUCUUCAUUGAGUUUUAGCGUGUCAACUCGUGUUGGAAACGAGUUGGGAGCUGGCAGGCCCAAAAAGGCGAAACUGGCAGCCACUGUUGGACUUUCGUGUAGUUUCGUUUUGGGCUUCACGGCUCUGUUAUUCGCCACAAGCGUGAGGAAUUUAUGGGCUACUAUGUUCACACAAGAUAAAGAAAUCAUAGCAUUGACAUCCAUGGUCCUUCCGAUAAUCGGGCUAUGUGAGCUAGGAAACUGUCCGCAGACAACAGGGUGUGGUGUCUUGAGAGGCACAGCAAGACCGAAAAUCGGAGCAAAUAUUAAUCUAGGAUGUUUUUAUCUAGUCGGUAUGCCGGUGGCGGUUGUUUUGGGCUUUUAUCUAGGGUUUGACUUUAAAGGGUUGUGGUUCGGUAUGCUGGCUGCACAGAUGUCUUGUGUGGUCACGAUGUUGGUCGUUUUGGGCCGGACAGAUUGGGAUUUGGAAGCCAAACGAGCGAAAUUAUUAACACACGAUAACGACAGCGGUGGUUGUGGUGACAGCGUUGUUGCUGACAACGAAGAAAAUAAGGAACAAGAGUAUAAAAAGUUAUUAACAAAACCUGAAAACAAGCAAGGGGAAGAAUCUCUGGGUUUUGGGGCUGAUUUAGUUUAAUCACUUUCAUUAGAUUCAGAUUUUUUCCAUUUCAUUUUUUUAUUUUUGUUAAUGUCUGUCUUUGUAAAGUAUAUAGUUGGUAGGUGGGUCGGGCAAUAGGACUAUUUUUAUUUUAUUUUUUGGAUAGUUUUAAAGGCUUUUAACCAAGACAAACAAAUUUUGGAUUUUUAUCUAUCUUAUUAUUAUAGAUCCUCACUUCUUCUAA